AUGCCAGGGUUUGUUAAGACGUUAUGCUUCUUGUUUCCAGGAGCUCCGUGUCUGGCAGAGUACAGGGAUGGGAAAUAUUACCGGGCCGAACUGAUUGAGAUCACCAGCGUGGAGCCCGUCAUGAUCCUGGUGAAGCACGUGGACUUCGGCUCCGACGACACUCUGCCGUCCAGCAAGCUGCGUCAGAUGUGUGCUGAGCUCAUGAGUUUUCCGUCCCGGGCGCUCAAAGUGAAAGUGGCCGGCUUCAAGCCUCCGAGAAAGAGCCGGCAGCAGCAGCAGGAUGUUCUGCCCUACAGCCCGGCCUGGAGCGUGAAGGCCGCCAUGGACAUGAUCGACAUGCUGCACGGGAACAUCACCGCCUGUGUGGUG